CCGCGUGUACGCCUCUCCCGACGACGAUAGCCAUUUCAUCUCUCUCCCCCUUUCUUCCUUCCUCUCCGUGUGUUGAGAGAGGAGGGCUAGGCUAAGCUCUAUCUGCCGCGGCAGCGGAAGCAGGAUGCCGGCGUGGUGGAAGGGCAAGGGGAGGAGCCGCAGCAAGAGCAAGGGCGCGGACUCCGCCGCCGCCGCCGGAGAAAUUCCGGGGAGAGACGGGAGGAACAAGAAGGCAAGCAGCUUCGACGAGGCGCUCAUCGGAAGGGAAGGAGGCCGCGGGAAGCAUCUUCCGGCGGCAACGGGGACGGGGGCGGUCGGACACCCGCUGCCGCGGCCCUUGUCCCUGCCGACGCCGCUGCCCUCGGCGUCCACGUCCGGGUCCGCGUCAGCGUCCAGCGCGGGGACCUCGUCGCUCGGGUCCUCCGCGGCCUCCGACGAGCAGCUGGAUCUCGGGAUUUACAGGAUACCAGAUGCAAAUAGAACACUGCCGACUGAUUCUCAGAAACAGAGUCAUGUGCUAGAGGAAGGGCGUUUUUUCACAAAUAAUCAAGCUUCUGAGCAUCCCAGAUUAUCUGAAGCCUCAGUUUCUCCAAGGAAAGAAUUUCACCUUAACAUUUUGGAUCUUCCAAAUGAUCGAUCGACGUACUGCCGUGGCCGGAAAUCGACAGAAAUUGUGUUUCCUACAAGGACGCCGAGCUCUCCCCCUAGCUCAAGAGGCCAGAACUGUCCAACCUCACCUGUGCGCUCCAAGGCAUUUGGGCCAUGCCCAGGAUCCCCUACUGGAUGGCAGGAUGAUUCACGGAGCUCAAGCUCACCUCACCCGCUUCCUCGCCCUCCAAGCUCCCCGUGCUCGUCUUCCCGUUCCCUUCAUUCACAGUGGAAGAAGGGGAAGUUGUUAGGCAGUGGUACAUUUGGGCAAGUAUACCUUGGAUUCAACAGUGAAGGUGGCCAGAUGUGUGCAAUUAAAGAGGUCAAGGUUAUUGCUGAUGAUUCAAACUCAAAAGAGUGUCUGAGGCAGCUAAAUCAGGAAAUGCUGCUUCUGAAUCAGUUGUCACAUCCAAACAUUGUGCAGUACUAUGGCAGUGAGUUGUCUAGUGAGACACUUUCGGUAUAUCUCGAGUUUGUUUCUGGGGGCUCUAUACAUAAGUUGCUCCAAGAAUAUGGUCCAUUUGGUGAGACAGUCCUCCGGAAUUACACUGCACAAAUCCUUUCUGGCCUAGCAUACUUGCAUGGGCGGAAUACCGUGCACAGGGAUAUUAAAGGAGCAAAUAUACUUGUAGAUCCUAAUGGUGACAUCAAACUUGCGGAUUUUGGUAUGGCCAAGCAUAUAUCAGCAUACACAUCUAUCAAGUCCUUCAAAGGAAGCCCCUACUGGAUGGCUCCAGAGGUUAUCAUGAAUACCAAUGGUUACAGCCUUUCAGUGGACAUUUGGAGCCUUGGCUGCACCAUUCUUGAGAUGGCAACUGCGAGGCCUCCUUGGAGUCAGUACGAAGGGGUGGCUGCAAUAUUUAAAAUUGGAAACAGCAAAGACAUACCUGAUGUCCCGGAUCAUCUUUCUUCGGAGGCAAAAAGCUUUCUGAAACUCUGCUUGCAGCGGGAUCCUGCUGCGCGACCAACGGCUGCUCAAUUAAUAGAUCAUCCUUGGGUGAAAGACCAAGCUUCAGUCAGGAGCUCUAGGUCUGGCAGUACUAGGGAUAUGUUCCCAUCUCCCACCGAUGGCAAAAAACACACGGUGAAGACAAGCGCCGAGUUGUCAUCCUACAGAAGCUUAUCACCUCUACGAGAUACUAAUUUCGGGAUGAGAAACUUAACAGUACCAGCAUCUGCCAUUCCUUCGAUAUCAACUCGCAGGGUCUCUAGCAUCAACCCAACAAAUGUGCGUAUGAACAUGUCCCUGCCUGUGUCACCGUGCUCUAGCCCGUUACGGCAGUACAAACAAUCAAAUCGGAGUUGCUUGCCAUCACCUCCUCACCCAGCAUAUUCGGCCGGAGCAGCUAACUACAGUCCUAUCAACAAUGUGCUGUACCCAACACGACCAAGCAACUACCUCACAGAUCAAUGGCUCGAAGUCCCUCGCCAGAAAACACAAACGUUUGAUUCUCCAAGAAGAUUGUAGAAAGAGUUAAAUACACCACUGGUCCAUGAACUCGACAAAAAUGAACACUUUAGUCCACGAACUCAGAAAACACACACUUAAACCCUUAAAUUAGGACUAUUGUGUCACUUUAGUCCAAAAACAGUUCAGUGAUGCUUAAACACUUCACGUGGCCGUCACGUCGGAUUCGGCAAGGACCGUGGGCUGCUACUCGAUUUUUUCGGGGCUUUUUUUGCAACGGAGUGGCUCUCAGGGCCCCAGGAUUCCCGUCUAGGCAUAGCCGCCUUGCCCCUUGCCGGGCGUCUCGGGCAUGGUGAUUUUGCAAAAAAAAAAUCCUGAGAAAAUCGAGUAGCAGUCCGCGGUCCUAGCCGAAGCUGAUGUGGCAGUCACGUGGCGUUUUUAAGUCUCGCCGAACCAUUUUUGGAUUAAAGUGACACAGUAGUCCCAGCUUAGGGGUUUAAGUGUGCGUUUUCCGAGUUUGUGGACUAAAAUGUUCAUUUUUGCCGAGUUUAUGCACUAGUGGUGUAUUUUACUCUUGUAGAAAUGCCAAACAAAAAUGUUCUAUAUACUGGAGGAUAAAGAUGUCCUCAAGUUAUGGUGUUCGAAUUUUGGUGGACAAAGGGGGUCUUUUUGUUUCCUUUUCUGUUUUACCCUUUCUGUAUGUACAAAUUUGUGUUUUGCCUCGUCAUUGUACAAAUUUAAAGAAUGAGCUCUGGUGAAAAAGAAUAGCAGUUUUGUUCAA